UGCAUGGCUUCAAAUGACUCAAACGUUUCUCGGCAGCGGUAGACGGUCCGAGGAGAAGAGUUUACCUCGCUGAUCACAGGGCCAAAAGGUUAAUCCCACCAAUCACCGCGCUCUCUGUCUCUGCUGAUGUUCAGUUUCAAAUAAAUCAUCAACCAGAACUGGCGAUGAGGCAGAAGACACUGGACUUGUUGAACAAAUGUGUCUUGACGGUUUAGGAGUCAAGUCAUUUGGAGGCAAAAUGUUUCUUCCUGGAUGGUCCUCUUGGUGUGUUUUACUCACUCUGCACAUCCACGGGGCUUUGGCCACUUCUGGAUACACCAGCCAUGAAGUCUUCUGCUUACAGGGGCUUUCGAAUUGCACAAUUGAGGACAAGAUGCUUCCCGCUCUUCCCGCUCAAGAGAAAAACGGCGUUGCCGUCCGAAACCUGAAUCCAUAUUUCAAGCUGUGCUGCCGGGACGGCGGACCGUGUGCUGUGUGCCUGGUGAUCGACGCGGAGAUCGACUUCAAGCCAGAUAACGACACGCAGCAGGACGACCACUCUGGGUACGAUGAGGAGGAUUACAGCGAGGAGGCAGAGAGCAACCCAAGAGCAUCUGUGAAACUGUGUUACCAGGCGGUACACGUCCUGCCCACGUGCAAGAAGGUGCAGUUUGUGGUUAAUCAUGGACCUCUCACUCAGAAAGACCGGCCAAAGUUUACAGUGGUGAUCAGAGAGCCAGCUGGGGUUUCCUUCAGCACUCACGUCACAGUUUUUUCGGCCAAACCGGCAGCUCUAACCAGAGAAGUUGACGCUCCUUCUCUGGAUGAAGUGUGCUCCCAGCAGCAGCAGGAGCGUGUGGAACAGUGUGCAGUGCCCAGACUCCUCAGUGUGAUCAACCAGGCCAUGAAUCGGGUGGAGCUGAAGUUGGCCGACACUAAUGAAAGCCUGCCCUCUGUGUGCGUCCAGUACGAGGCGGAUGGAGACUGUCGGGACUGGGACAGAAGGCCCAUCCCUCUGGACUCUGUGACCCCCUGCACCUGUCUCCAGGUAUGGAAGGAGGACAAGCUGAGGCGCUCCCAAAGCUGCCCCUUUGUUCACACAGAUGUCCUCCAAAGGAACGUGAGGGACAACGUGUCCGUGUCAAUGAGUCUGGGUCAAGCAAAAUACCUCAACCACUCAAUGCUGUGGUGGAACCUGACUGCCCCCUGCAGGCUGGAAGGGGAAGUGUGGCUUUGCAACAACGAACACACCUGCAGGCAGAUGGAAGGUUUCAAACAACAGCUGGCAAACAACACAUGGAAACAGAACAGCAAGGGACAGUGGGAGACAAAAGGGGUGUUUGAAGAAAUCAAAAUUCAUCUCUCACCAUGUAUGAUGGUGAAGCUCAAAGGAAUGGGAGCGCUGCCUCUUUUCUGUUUGGAAAACACUGACAGGUGGCGCUGGAGCCUCCUGGUUGUUGGACUCAUGCUGCUGGUUUGCGUGACGGUUCUUGCAUUUUAUUUCCUUCAUGACGCUGUCAAGGAAUGGGUGUGGAGCUGCCGUCAUGGCGGAUUUGUAAAAAUUUCCAGCGAGGGUCACGUGGUGCUGCUUAGCCCCCCAGAUGUGGACCACAGUGUUUCGGAGUCGGUAUGUGAGCUCGGCGCCCAGCUCCGUAACCGAGGCUUCAACGUGCUCGUGGACCAGUGUAGCAGGAAGGAGCAGUGCAGUCUGGGGCCCCUCCCGUGGCUGCACUCCCAGCUGAUGGAGAUGAACAGCCGGGGGGGCACGUUUGUGCUGGUCUUGACCCGCGCGGCCUUAAGCAGAGCGGAGGGAUGGGCCCAUCCGGGGAAAGAGGUUAUCAAGGCAAAGGGGGACCCCACGGGCCUCCCGGAGAUCACCUCCCCUUACUCUGAUGUCUUCAGCGCCUCCCUGUCCCUCAUCCAAGCGGACAAGCAGCUGGGCAGAGCCGGAGAACGUUUCCUUCUGGUGACACUGGGCCUCCAUCCAAAAGGUGACAGGAGACUACCAGAGCUUCUUCGAGGGCUGCCCUUGUUCCAGCUGCCCUCCCAGACCAAGGCUCUGUUGCAUGAGCUCACUGUGGGAAGGACUAGGAGGACAUGGACAGGGUGGGAGUGGACUACCUCAGGCAGAAGGACAGCAAAGACAUCGCAGAGGGCAUCCUACAGUAAAAGUGCAGAAGAUGCGUGAAGGA